AAACACGUGACUGCCGCGAUCGUGUAGCUUAGAUAGAGGGAGGCGUACUCUCGUUUGCUGGGCCUCGUCUUUGCUUUAUCCUACACGAUGGACGAAGGGUCGGGAAAGACGGCCGGGGGCACAGAGAAAGAGGCAGAGGCCGCGGAGGAGGAGGGAUUUGCAGAGCCUCCAGUGGCCGAGCUCCGCCGCAAACCCAAGGACCCGCGGACUGCUGCCCGCUGGAACAUCAUCUCUCGCCUUCUGUUCACUUGGAUCGACCCUCUGAUGUGGCUGGGCUGGAGGAACGACAUAAAGCAAGAGGACCUCUAUGUCCAUCCUGAGGAGGUAGACGCAGAGAGACUGCUCAAGAAAUUCAAUAAGUACUGGGCAGUGGAGGUGGGGAAGAAGGAACGUGGAGGGAAGGCUCGGCUGUGGCGGGCUCUCUUCAAGUGCAUCUGGCACCGGCUCCUCAUCCAGGGAGUCCUCAUGUUCAUCGAGGUGGCCCUCCAAGUUGGUCAGUCAGUGGUUCUAGGCUACCUGGCAAACUACUUUACCAUUGAAGACCCCACAUCUGACGAUACGAGAGAUGCUUACCUGCUGGCUGGAGGACUUGUUGCCAUGGCGUUCGUCAUCACGCUCCUGCACGGUCAUGGCUUCCUUAUUGGUCAGAAAGUUGGAAUGAUGAGUCGGGUGAUGUGUACCAAUGCCAUAUACCAGAAGAUUCUAAAGCUGAGUCAGGUGACCCUGGGCAAGGUGUCCACUGGUCAUGUGAUCAACCUGGCCUCCAACGACGUCCAGAGAUUCGACCUGGCUUUCCUCUUCCUGCACUUCCUCUGGAUAAGUCCGCUCCAUCUCGCCGCCUUCACCUUCCUUGUGUACCGCGAGGUUGGCUGGCCGGCCUUCCUUGCCCUCGCCUUCGUCAUCCUCCAGAUCCCACUGCAGGUCUUCCUGGCUCGUCUCUUUGGCAGACUUAGGUUGAAAUCGGCUCAAGUCACAGACAAACGUGUACGGAUCAUGAACGAAGUCAUCACUGGUAUUAGAGUGAUAAAGAUGUAUGCCUGGGAGUAUGCGUUCAGAAACGUUGUCAACCACCUUCGCAAGUAUGAGUUUUUAAUGGUGUUUCUGGCCGGUUUGUUCAGAAUGUUUGCUGUCUUCCUGUAUGUCACUGGCCGAGUGUUCAUAAUGGUUGUCAUCUACAUCGCCGUGGGUCUCGCCAGGGAACCAGUGACUCCGCGUGCCUUUUUCACCAUCCUCUCUCUCUCCUGGCCUCUUGCUGUCAACAUUUACCGUCACAUCACCUUGGGUGUCAUAGAGCUAUUAGAGGCUUCUGUCGCUGUCCUGCGUAUGAAGGUCUUCUUGCUCUCCCCCAUUGCUCUCCCAGGAGAGACAGCAAACUUCUCACAGCUAUUCAAGAUGGUCACCAACUGUGUCCUCAUUGCCCAAGAUUCAGGUCUUACUAUCAUCGUCUUCCUCAUUGUCUUAUACGAGUCUUCAUUCAAGCAACGCACACAAGCCAUCAGAGGUGUUCUGACAGGCUAUCAUCACGUGGCCAUCCAAAUCCUGAUGUUCAUCAUCUUUCUCCCCAUCUUCUUCCGCGACGGUCGCGUCCCCAUCACUGCCUUCUUCACCAUCCUGUCCCUUGCCAACGUCCUCCGUCGUACCACCUUUACAUUCCUGGUACGAGUCUUCAUUCAAGAUGCGUACCAACGGGAUCCGAGCAUUCAUAGCCGGCUACCACCACACCAUCCUUCAAGUCCUCAUGCUUGUCAUCUUCCUCCCGUCGUCCUCAGAGAGGGGCGUGUCCCCGUGACUGCCUACUUCACAAUCCUCUCUCUCACAAACCUCCUCCGUAUUACCGUGUUCAUUUUCACUAUCAGACUGGGCAUGGAUUUCUUUGAACUCCGCGUCAGCUUCACUAGAAUACAGAACCUUCUGGAACUGGAUGAACUGGAGCCGGCAGCGACCUUUGACCCUUCUUCCUCGGGCUCCUCUCCUGUGGUGAGACUGGAGGGAGUCGGCCUCUCAUGGAGCGAGGAGGGAGACAAGAAGGUUGUCAGUGGUGUCUCUUUCUCUCUGGACAAGACCACUAUACUACAGUGCUUGCUUGGGGAGCUGAAACCAGUUGAAGGGACGGUGGAGGUCAAAGGUCGAGUCUCCUAUGCCUCCCAGGAGCCGUGGGUGUUCUCGGGGACACUGAGGGACAACAUUCUCCUCGGGAAGACCUUUGAACCCGACCGAUACCAGAGCGACGUGGGUCAACUGCUGCAUGGAGACCUGACGCUGGUGGGGGAGAGGGGAGUGACUCUCAGUGGGGGGCAGAAGGCGAGGGUGAACCUGGCCAGAGCUGUCUACCACCGGGCCGACCUCUUCCUCCUGGACGACCCUCUCUCCGCCGUGGACACCGCCGUCGCCAGGCAACUCUACGACAGAGUGGUGACGGGACUUCUGAAAGGAAGCAGAGUCGUUCUUGUGACUCACCAGCUCCAGUUUGCUCAGCUGGCUGACAACAUCCUGGCCAUUAAAGAUGGUCAUGUGGAGGCAUAUGGUAGUUACGAGGAUAUCCUUGCCAGCGGUGUGGAGCUAAUGCAACUCAUCAAAGCCAAAGACGAGGACGACGACAGGGAGAUUUUCUCUGUCCACGGAGAAGAUGAAGAUGAAGAGGAGGAGGAGAGGGAGGAGGGAGAAGAGGGAGAGGACCAAAAGGCAAAUGGUGAUGUUCAACUGUUGGUGGCCCCCUGUGCCCCCAACUCGCCUUACAAGAGAAGAAACAUAAUCUACAUCACGGAGAGCCAGUCCAACCUGGCCUUCUCUUCCGUCAAACCCAGUCACCUGGGAGACGACCUCAAGCAGUUCCCGCCCGACUCCGCCUCCAUCUACUCUGCCCACUCCAUGCUGUCCAUACACUCUGCAGUGGAGGCAGAGAGCAGUAGACAUGAGGAUGAGGAGGAGAGGAUCUACGGCCCUCCCCCAGAGGAGAAAGGUCACGGCACAAUCUCCUUCAAGACUUACUAUCACUAUUUCAGAGCUGGCGGAGGGUUUCUGCUCCUGACUGCAGUCCUGAUAGUCUUCAUCCUGGGAGAGGUCAGUGUGGUAGUCUCUGACUGGUGGCUCUCUGACUGGGCCGACUGCUCAAGUCUGAAUCUGACACUACUGGAGGAGACCAACCGAACUGUCAGAGACCUCUGCAGUCUGAGCGUGGACCAGAGAGUGGGUGUCUACGGUGGCACAGUCCUCGGGGUCAUCAUCGUCAACCUCACUCGAACCCUCGCUUUCUUCUUCAUCUGCGUCAAGGCCUCGCGAAUCCUCCACAACAGGAUGUUUGCCUCCAUUCUGAGAGCACCCGUCCUCUUCUUCGACACCAACCCCAUCGGACGAGUACUCAACCGCUUCUCAAGGACGUUGGUUUUCUCGAUGACCUCCUUCCGUUUCAGUUCUGUGAAUACAUGCUCGUUCGUGGCCAUCAUAAUCACUGCCUGUGUGUCCAAUCCUUGGGUGCUCAUCCCUGCCUCGUUCAUCAUGACCUGCUUCAUUCUCCUGAGAACCUACUACCUCAAGACCUCACGGGACAUCAAGAGACUGAGGCAGUCGGUAAGUUCCUCUCUCCCCUCUUCUCUCCUCUCCCUCUUCCUUACCCUCCUCCCCACACUGUGGCCGUGUGUCUCUUCCCUCUUCCCCCCUCCCCCACCCCACCCAGCCCGGAGUCCUCUCUACUCCCACAUAUCCACCACCCUACAAGGCCUCCCCACCAUUCGCUCCUUCCAUCAGGAAGAUGCCGCUCUCAAAUAUCUCUACAAGUUCCAGAACGAGCACUCCCAAGGCUGGUACCUGUACCUGGUGACCACGCGCUGGUUUGGAAUGAGGAUCGACUUUGUCAGCGGGGUGUUCCUGGCCACGGUAGCCUUCUCCUCAGUCCCCCUGGCUGGUUCCCUGAAUGCUGGACUGGUGGGGUUGGGACUCACCUACACAGUCUCUCUGGCUGGCAUGUUCCAGUACUGUGUCAGACUCAGUGCUGAGGUGGAGAAUGUGAUGAUCUCAGCAGAGAGGAUCAUGGCCUACAGCAAGUUGGAGUCGGAGGCCUCCCUGGAGACCACGCCCCCUCAUCAACCUCCGCCCUCCGACUGGCCGAGCCGCGGAGCCCUGGUCUUCUCCGACGUGGCGUUCCGCUACUCACCUGACCUUCCUCUCGUCCUCAAGAACCUCUCCUUCUCCAUCAAACCCUCUGAGAAGAUUGGUAUCGUUGGUCGGACUGGAGCCGGCAAGUCUUCUCUUAUCUCUGUCCUGUUCAGACUGGUGGAGCCGUUUGGACAAGUGACAGUGGACGGAGUUGACUCCAAGGAGAUUGGACUCCACGACCUGCGGAGACGCAUCUCCAUCAUUCCUCAGGACCCGGUACUGUUCAGUGGGACAGUGAAGUACAACCUGGACCCUUUCUCUGACUGCACUGACAUUCAGCUGUGGAGCGUUCUAGAGCAGGUCUGUACUCACGUGUAUCUCAACCAAGUUCAGCUGAAGUCGGCAGUGGAGGAGAUGAAGGGUGGACUGGAGGCAACGGUGACGGAGGGAGGAACCAACUUCAGUGUGGGGCAGAAGCAGCUGGUCUGCCUCGCCAGAGCUCUCCUCAGGAACAACAAGAUUCUGGUCCUCGACGAGGCCACAUCCAACGUCGAUAUCAAGACUGACGGAAUCAUCCAGAAGGCGCUCAGAGAGCAGUUUGUUGACUGUACCGUCCUCACCAUUGCCCAUCGCCUCAAUACAAUUAUGGACUCUGACAGAAUUCUGGUGAUGAACAGAGGACAAGUAAAGGAGUUUGAGAGGCCAAGCAGACUCCUACAGCGACCUCACUCCCUCUUCCGUCGAAUGGUGGAGCAAACGGGAGACGUGGCUGCUCGCAAGCUGUUUGAAAUGGCCGAAGAGGCAGAGCAGCGAAGAACAGCUGCACGUAGAGGCAGCAUUCUUUAGUCAGUUCGCAGGUGUCUCUUUUUAUGCAAGCGAAUAACUGAGCAUCUUAUAUUAUCAAUUAUCAUACCACCAUUAUAAUUAUUAUCACUACAAUCACAGGUAUACUCUGACACUGUGUGAUCCUAGUUACAAAAAUGAUGUGAUACAACUCUUUGAGAACAUGUGAAUGUGCAGAGAGUCAAUGCUGGAGAUGAUUAUAGAGACGAGCGUCACACGAGCUAGAGCGCAGGCCUCAUGGUCUCAGGUCCCACAAACGGUUCCAAAGUUGCAUACACUGCGUUCUCCUCGAGACUUCCGUAGCCCACUGUCACACCUUCGAGAUGGUUGUAGCGUCCUGACUCAUCCAGUCCCUGGCAGCUGGUAGUGAACGUGCGGGAUGUCGACCAGCCAGCUGCGCGGGGAGAGGGAGGGCGGGGCCUCCUCUCUCCCGUCCCUCCCACAGUGGCAGAAUGAGGGACACACGAUAGGGAACCACUCGUCUGGGAGGUUGCGAUGGGCGGAAUCUCGCCACUGGAGACAGAACCCAGUCGGGAUUGCUGUCCUGGACCGAGACGGAACUGCACCGAGACAUCGGAGAUGAUUCUCUGGAUUCAGGAUUGUGUGUCUGUGGUCCACCACUGUUGGCCAGGGAAUGUUGAUUGCUGGCUAGUGAGGGAGGAGAGUGUUCAGUGGGGUCCUCCAAGAGACUGUACAGAUGGACUUGUUCUGUCUUGGCCCACUCCCCACUGCCAACUAGUGUCUCUGACUUCACCGGGUCUUCACACUCGACUUCAUCGUAGAAGUGAGGUCGAGGGGAAGAUGGGGUGGGGUGGACCACGGUUGCUUGGUUGGGAGAGAGGGAACGGAUCUCUGAGUAAUUGUGUGUGGAGGUUGGGGAGGGAGGGAGGUGGGUAGGGAGAGUGCAGUGAAGAGUGGAGCGAGGAGAGGAGGAGAGUACAGGGGAGGAUGGAGAGAGGGAGCGAGGCCGGCACCACUCAAAGUUUUGGUUGGAGAGGGCAGAUGAGAGAAGAUGAGCUGUGGCUCCAUUUCCACUGGUUCUCUGUCUCGUUUUCUCCGGAGUGUGGGAGGUCUGUCUCCACCGCCUGAGGCCCCUCCUCACCCUCACCACAAUCACCACCACCACUGUCACCAGCACACAUACACACAGGACAGAGAGCACGCUCAGUGCGGCAACCAUCAGGAGUGGUCCACCAGGAGAGGGAAGACCAGGAGCCUCAGCAGUGGGGGAAGACUCCAGGCGAAACGAGGGAG